UUGACAAAUUUAGUGAUGCCUUGUAUAUGUAGCCACCGCCCACAGGAUAAAUGAGUUCUACGAUUCAACCAACAAAACUGCCACACCUCGUUCUAGUAAUUUCUUUCGUUUCCAUUUCCUCACCCAAACUCUGUUUUCUAGAUCUGAAAUGGAUGUACAAGGCCACGAAGAAUCGAAGAUGGAGAACAAUUUCUCGCAACCUGAAAAUUCUGUUAUUAAUCUCAAACAGCUUCCCCCGAUAGAUCCAUCCACAAUCGUCAACUCGUCCUUCAACGGUAAAUCGAGACAAUCUGGCGCCGGUUCUGCUCAUAAAAACGUGAAGCCCAACUUUAAUAGGGGACUGAAGUCGUUUAAAUCUGUCCAAGCACUCAGAAAAUCAAAUUCUGGCUCAAUUUCAUCUGGCAAAACAAGUGAGACCCCUUGGAACACCACCUCGGAUUCAAACUCUGCAGACGAUGGUAUGAAGCAAGGAUCUGCUAGGUCAAAUCUGUAUGAGGUCUGUGCUGCAAACCAUUGGAAGCCCCCUGCAUUUGAUUGCUGCAAAGAGGAAGGCCCUAGUCAUCAAAAAAUAUUCACCUUCAAGGUUAUUAUUGAGAUAGAAGCAGGAAUGAAAACCACUAUAGAGUGCUUUGGUUCCCCUCAUCAAAAAAAGAAAACAGCAGCAGACCACGCAGCUGAGGGAGCAUUGUGGUUCUUAAAGCAUCAAGGUCAUGUUAGGAAGAAGAAAAACCAAUAAAGGGGAUAAUAAUCACUGAAUAUCAUCUUGAGCCAAAGCUUCAACAACCACCAAAUUUAUUUCAUUCUUCAGUGAUGCUCUCUAGCCUUGGCUGCCAAAGUACAGAAGACAAUAAUCGCCCAGCUGUCAUGUUGCUUGGGAAUUUUAUUCCUGAAUAUACAACAAAUAGAGAUCAUACCAUCAUCUUCCUCAUUGCUGAAUCCGACGUUCCUAAUUUCAUGAAAUGGAGAAGGAUAACGCUUUGGAGAAAGCCUUUGGAGCUUUCUUACGGUGCUUAAUGGCACUACAUAGAACUUCUGUCCAGGCAUGAGCAUGGUGUCUGGAGCAACAAUUGCCCAUGGCUGUUGAAACACGUGCGGAUAUGCAAUGCAGCAUCUUGGGUUAUGACACAUAAUCUCAGCUGCAAGCACAGGCCUGUCAAGGAGCUCAUUACGACCACCAGGAUGAACAAUCCGAAGGAACAGAGUUUUUGAACCGUUGGUGCAAAUCCAGCUUGAAAUUGACAUGGUUUCUCUGUAUUUUAGGCAAGGGAGGAGUAAGGAAACAAUUAGUGUAUGCAACCGACUCAACCCAGUGUUGGGGGAAUAACGAGAUCAUCCCAUGAGAGCAAGAAAAAACCUGAGGAGGAUUUAAGUAUAAAUAAUUCAGCAAGACUAAGAUAGAUAUAUAUAUAUAUAUAUAUAUAUAAGAUGCAUUGGUUACUUUCUGUCAUUGAAUGUAUGAAAACUCUUGGCUGUUACUUGUUUCGUUCGUUGAUAACAUCAAUGCAUAAGAUCCUUGUACCGAUGAGGCCAAGUAAAUUGUAUUAUGCAGUUAUCUCCUGUGUAGAAGAUGCUCUUUUAUAAA